AUGCUUGAUUGGAUAUUUCAAAUUCUAGUAUUUACUCCAGUACUAUUAAAAAUUCACUCUUGUUCAUUCAAUAUUUCAAGGAAAGGCAACAAAAGAUGCAAGUCACCUUUCAAAAGUUAUUGCGAAUUUUUGAUGCAUCCUGUUACGAGAAUUACUUUAUUCUGUAUUCUUAUUCCUUUUUGGAUCUAUAAUAUAUAUCUUGCGCUUCGAAUGGAGGAAAAUUUUACACCGCAAAAAACAAUCCGAUCAGAUUCUUUUCUUACUGAUUCGUUGCCAAUUCUUGAAAAUGUACGCAAUUCAGGUUUAAGUCGAACAAUGUAUAGCAGUGGAACUGCCACAGUUGACAAAAUAUCCUUUGACUUGUGUAUUCAUGGAUAUGGUAGUUGGCGUGAUCGAGCUUUUAUUCAUAAACAGGUCCGAGAAAAGAUGCCUGAAGAAAUGCUGGUAUACGAUUACGACUGCACUUUGUUUGAUAUCAUAUUGACAGCUCGAGAAACGAUGCUUCAGUCAUGUGUCAUUACAUCUAUCACCAUGCUUGCCAUUUGCACACUGUUCAUCCCAAGCGCUCGAGCUACUGCUUUCGUCUUCCUUUCAAUGAUUUCAGUCACAACGGGAAUAGUAGGAGGUUUAAGUGCAUGA